GUAACGUAUUGGCUGCACACAGCGGAUCAGCACUGCUAUAGUGACCCCGUUCUGUACACAGUCGCUCAGGUAACCGGGGGCGCGAGUGACGGGGGCUCCGGGGCUGGGACGACGGAUGUUCAGAAGAUGACGCCGAGCUGUGAAUAGAAGUGGAGGAUCUGGAGCCCAGGAUGGGACCCGGGGGAAACGCCUUGCUGUUUGCGGUCUGGGCCAGAGCAAGCACUUUCAUCUGCGCAGGAUUAGCCCUGUACUGAGCAUCAUGGACGCCUACCAGUGAUUUUUAUACCCACUAUUAUAAAUUACAUAUACUAUAAACUGUUGCUGCUACGGAUAUUCAUGAAUCAUUAUAUCCAGAAAGGUCCUGAUGCUUGUAAGCCAGAACACUCCGUUCUGGAGGAAAUAUCAGUAACUUGUCUUCAGGUCACUAGGCUCUCGCAGGCCCCCAACCAAGUCCAUUCUGAUGACCAUCUGCAAGAAGCCGUCUGGUAAGACCGUGCCGGUCAAGGAGGGGGAGGACGCCGGGACCGAGCCCCCUCAGCAUUCCCGGAGAAAUGGCUGGAGUUGGCCUCCACACCCCUUGCAGUUUGUGGCCUGGUUCACUUUCCUUCUGUUCACCAUCAUCGGAUUUGGCAUUCUUGUCCCCCUUUUGCCUCGGCAUUGGGUAGCCGCUGGUUAUGUUUUUAUGGGAGUGCUGUUCAUGUUACAUUUAAUUGUCCAUUUUCUGGCUGUUACCAUUGACCCAGCAGAUGAGCACGUACGUGCCAAGGGCUCCCCUGGUCCGCUACCUGUAUUCGAUAGGACCAAGCAUGCUCAUGUCAUUGAAAACAUGCAUUGUUACAUCUGUGAGGUGGAUGUAGGCGACAAGUCAAAGCACUGCAGUUUAUGCAAUAAGUGUGUCAGUAAUUUUGAUCACCACUGCAAAUGGCUCAAUAACUGUGUGGGAGGAAAAAAUUACUGGCUGUUUUUCAACUGUCUUAUAUCUGCUUUUCUGGGCACUGUGGUGCUGAGCACAAUUUCAUCCUAUGUAUUUGUUGUAUACUUCGUUGACCCGGCAGCGUUAAGGAGCGACCAGCAUUUCGAAGCCAUCCAGAACCUGUCAGACACGUGGUACGUGUUCCUUCCCGCAGCCCCGGUGGAGACUCAAGCGUCUGUCAUUUUGGGCCUAGCAGCUCUCGUUUCCGUGAUGGGACUCAUUACUAUACUGCUGAUAGGGCAGCUGCUCUGCUUUCACAUCUACCUCUUGUGGAAUAAGCUUAGCACCUAUGAGUAUAUAAUGCACCAGCGGCAGAAGCAGGAAAUGAAGUCGAACAGCAGGGAACCGGAGGCUGGAGGAACACCCCCCACAAUCCAGGAGCAGAAUGAAAACUAUGGUGGAAGCCUCGUUUACACAAAUCCAGAUGUUCUAAUUGAAGGCCCCUCAUCUGGAUCUCUGAAUACAGACUGCAGCUGGAUGUUGUCCCGAGUCUUCCUGUCAGCUGCAGCGGAUGUGUUCCCGAGUCUUCCUGUUCAGCUGCAGCUGGAUGUGUUCCCGAGUCUUCCUGUUCAGCUGCAGCUGGAUGUGUUCCCGAGUCUUCCUGUUCAGCUGCAGCUGGAUGUGUUCCCGAGUCUUCCUGUUCAGCUGCAGCUGGAUGUGUUCCCGAGUCUUCCUGUUCAGCUGCAGCUGGAUGUGUUCCCGAGUCUUCCUGUUCAGCUGCAGCUGGAUGUGUUCCCUAGUCUUCCUGUUCAGCUGCAGCUGGAUGUGUUCCCGGGGCUUCCUGUUCAGCUGCAGCUGUGUACUGGAAGACUCUGGGACACAUUCAGUCAGGACCUGAGCAGAAGAGCCCGCAGCCAUUCUGAGUGCUGUGGAGACAGCGGCAUAACGGAUGGGGCCGAAAAAGUGGUUACAGAGGAGUCUCCUUCCUUACUUGAUUCCAUGAGAGCUAUGAUUGAGGAAGUUAAUGCGGCAGUGGACUUGAGAAUUGCACCACAAUCCCCACGUCCAUCCACGUCUCAAAGAUCCCAUACGUUUGAUUCGGCAUUUGAUCUGGAUGAGGGGGAGCUAGUAUCUGAUCUGGACUCUGCUUCCUCAGAUAACGGCUCGGGUAGACCUUUGUUUCUCCCGGAAGAAACAGACUGUCUUCUAAAGACAAUUAGAGCCACUAUGGAUAUUGAAGAAGUAAGGGGAGGAGGCCUUUUUAAAUCAUGUGCUCCUGCGUUGUUUCCUGUCCUGGGGGCAGGGACACCCUCCUGUGAGUGCCGUUGUGGAGGCGCCGGGGAAAACCAAUUACCGAAGAAGAAAAAGAAAAGGACAAAAGGAAACAGAAUCUCUCCAGAAGACUCAAAUAAACCUUCUGGUGACAUACCAAGCCUCCAUGCCCUUCCUCUAUCCAAUGGAGAAAAUGAAGUUCCAGUGUCCCUGGCACCUCCAGGUCUGGACAUCCAUUCUCCCAAUUUCCCAUCGAGGUCUUUACCUGUAUUGGCUCCCAUUAACAUGUGUCCAGUGCAGGCUGCGGGGCCACCUGCAGAGUAUCACUCUGAUUCUGCUGAGUCCAUGGAAGAGAUUCCAGUAGCCCAGACACAUCUAGGCAGCUCUUCCAUGAGCGAAAACCUGUUUCUCACACCAAGGAACCCCAAAGUCACAGCGAGCGAGCGCGAGCAUGGGCCGAGACCAAGUUACUUCUGGCCGGGCACACUGCAAAAGUUUGAACUGCUCCCAAAGACUCCGUCUGUAUUUGUCAGUGACAGCAGUGGAAAACCUCUACCCAAUGGACUUGCCGAGGAAGCCAAAGCACAGGACAGUCACGAGACACGUUACAAGAAGAUGUGGGUGGCAAAGGGCAUGGAAGGAGAGCAGGUUCUUUCCAUCUCUAAUGCAGACGUUUUGCCCUCCAUCAGUGCGAAUAAGUAGCUAUAACUUUUUUUUUUUUUUUGUUGUUUUUUUAUGACCACUUAUAAUCAUUGAUUCUUAAUAAA